AUGGAUGCGACGCGACAGAAGAUCGUCAUCGCGGAGGUCAUCAACGUGGCUCGCCGCAACGCAGACUUGCGUAAGCAGGUCCGCUUCCGAGGGCUUCCUGACACAGAAAUUCCUCUCGUGCCCGACGAGUGGGAGCCCUAUCAGCGGAAGUACAUCUACACACACGGCUGGAAGGAGCGUGAGAGAUCGACGGGGAAGAGGACGUCGCACAAGCUCCGCCGCACUGAGUGUCCGUUCCAGAUGCUUGCACAAGUCGUCCUUCGCCGAGAUGGAAAGUUGGGCAUCGUCAUGAAGCGAGAAGUCUACAGCCACAACCACCCCAUUUCCGACGACAUCUACAGGUCUUACCCAGGUAUUCGCCAGGUUCCUGCCGAGUCUCCGCUCAUGCCCGGAAUCGAUCUCCUGGUCGACGCCCAAGCCAGCACUUCCAGCGUGUACAAGUACAUCAGGGAGAACUCGAACCACCGCGUCUCGAUGGACGACGUGCGAAGCAUGAUCAGGCGAAUGAAGACGCAAGGCAAGUGGUUAUGCUGCUGGUCUAUAUUAUAUGUGUGCUGA